AUGCUCACCCCACACUAUCACAUCUUCCACCCCACCCCGCACUCAACACCCCACACCUCCACUCUACUACCCACACAACAAAUCCCCACACCCCAAUUUACCUCACCCCACCCCACCCCAACACCCCAAACCAUCAGAUCCCACCCCACCAUCCGCACACUUAACCACCCCACACUCCCACACCCAUCGCACAAUACUCCAUCACACACUCCCACCGACAUCCCACAACCCCGCACCCCACCCCAACCCACCCAUACACACCAACCCUCACCCCGCACACCACCCCACACCUUACCCAACACUCCACACCUUACCCCACACCCCACCCCACCCUACCCCACACCUUACCCUACAGCCCACCCGGGUUGCAACAUCGACCAUAUCCCCACCGAACACCCAGCAGUUGAGAACCGCCUUCCGUCUCCAGAGAAUAACCGGUCUCUUCUCCCUCUUGAAACCCCCAAGAUCGUUCCUAGGUAUAACAAGAGACUGAGCUCCGAUCUCUGCUCUACAUCAGCCGCUGAUCGAGCGUAA